CUGCUUGGAGAGUUGGAGGUGCACCAAACAAUCCCAUAUUGAACAUUUCUCUCUUCUUCUUUGCUCAGUGAGCUGUUCUAAUUUCAAUUCUUUCUUUAGUCUCUGAUUUUUCAUCUGCAAUUCGAAAAGCCUGUUUUUUUUUUUGGUAAUUUUUUCUUCAGAAUUUUUUUAUCAGUUUGGUGCUUUAAAAAAUCUUAACCUGGCAGCAAUGGAGUUAUUGAGUUCACUAGUGGUCGAAGCUGCCAAACAAGCAUGUUCUUCACUCUUUUCUUCAGUAACGAUCGUCACAAAACUCCAUGGGAAUGUCAACCUCCUCCGGCAAGAAACAGAGAGGCUCAGAAAUCUGAAGAUUAAGAUAAACGAGCAACUUGAAUCAGAUCAAAAGCAAGGUAGAGUGCCAACAGUUCAAGUCAAAGAGUGGCUAAGGGAGGUCCAAGAUACCGAAAUUAAAGUAGAUCUAUUGGAUAGAAAGCUUGCGACCAAUAACUCAUGUCUCCGUGGUUUCUGUCCAAAUUUCUACCGGCGUUAUAAGUUGAGCAGAAGAGCCAAGAAAAUGCUCCAGGACGUCUUGAAAGUUAUAGAUUCUGUGGUUCUUCCGGCAGGAGUAUCUAUGGAUUCACCUGCCAAGGGGGUGGAAACACUUCCUGCCCCAUCCAUCAUAAACCAAAAGGCGGCGUCUGAUACGCUAAAUCAGGUUUUGGAUUUGUUGGAGGAUAGCAGAAUUGCAAGCAUAGGCAUUUGGGGGAUGGGUGGAGUUGGGAAAACAACGCUUGUGAAGAACUUGAACAACAGCCUUGAGAGCUCCACAAAUCCUUUUGAUGUCGUCGUUUGGGUCACAGUGUCUAGAGACUUGGACCUCAGAAGGCUCCAGCUCGAAAUCGCUGAGAGAUUGAAUUUGCAACUGAGGGCAGGAGAGAGCACUGAGAGAAGAGCAGUUCGAUUAUUUGAGAGGUUGAAGAAGGAGAAGAAGGUUCUUCUGAUCCUUGAUGAUGUGUGGGAAAAGGUAGACCUCGAUGAUGUGGGGAUUCCACAAGGGGAUGCUCAUAAGGGGUGUAAAAUCAUUUUGACAACUAGAUUUCUAGAUGUCUGUAGAGAGAUGAAGACCAACAAGCAAAUUAAAGUUGAAGUGCUUGAUGAGGAAGAGUCCUGGAGAUUGUUCUGUGAAAAUGCAGGCCAGGUAACUAAGCUGGAAGAUAUAGAACCAAUUGCGAAGGCUGUUAGUAGGGAAUGUUGUGGGCUACCACUGGCUAUCACCACUGUUGGGAAGGCCAUGAGGGAAAAGAACAAAAUUGAGUUGUGGAGGAAUGCACUGAGUGAACUGCAAAAGUCAGCUCCUUACAUCAAGGGCAUUGAGAAGGAGGUCUUUCUACCUUUAAAAUGGAGUUAUGACUCUUUACAAGGUAAAAAUACCAAGCUCUGUUUCUUGUAUUGCUCUCUGUUUCCUGAAGAUUUCUCAGUUAAAGUUAGUGAAUUAAUACAAUAUUGGGUAGCUGAAGGUUUAAUCGAUGAACAAAGUAUGGAGGAAUCAAAAAACAAAGGAAUUGCUUUGACUGAAUAUCUCAAAGAUUGUUGCAUGUUAGAAUGUGGUGCAUAUGAGGGAACUGUUAAAAUGCAUGAUGUAAUACGUGAUGUGGCCAUAUGGAUUGGGUUCUCUGGUAUAGAGGAUACAAAAUUCAUGGUUCAAUCAGGUAUGGGUUUGAGAGAGCUACCACUACAGGAAGAGAUAUGGAGAUCAUUUAAGAGAGUCUCUCUAAUAAACAAUAAAAUAACCAGGCUCCCAGAUCAGUUCUUGGAAUGCUCGCAAGUUUCCACAUUAUUCCUACAAGGUAACCCUCUCAAGGAAAGGAUCCCUGAAGGGUUCUUCAUUGGGCUACAGAAUCUUACCGUUCUAAACUUAAGUGCAACGCACAUCAGGUCUCUGCCCCUUUCAGUAUCAAGUUUGGUAAACCUUCGAGCUCUUUUCCUAGGUGAUUGUCAUUCCUUAGAAGAGUUGCCUUCUUGUGCUGGCCUAAAGAAACUAGAAGUGCUUGACCUUCGUUUUGCUCACAUCAAAGAUUUGCCUCAAGGAAUGGAGGAAUUGUGUAAUUUAAAACACUUGAACCUCUCCUACACACACCAUCUUGAAACGAUUGGCACUGGCAUCAUCUCUUCUUUAUACAGUCUAGAGGAGUUGGACAUGUCUUCCAGUGCUUAUAGGUGGGGUGAAUUAGAAGAAAGGAAAAAGGCUACUCUGCCGGAGUUUGGGUCACUAAGGAGAUUAGCAUUUCUUAGUAUUAGAGUGGAUAACAUAGAUCUGAUAGCCCAAGAAUCCGUAAUUAAUUGGUUGAAGGAUUUGAAAAGAUUCUGCAUAUGCAUCGGUCCAACAAGUUAUGAUGCCAGCUAUCUACCCAGUUCUUAUGUUGAGAAAAGAGUGAUUCUUGAAGAUGUUGAUCUUCUGGGGAGAAGAGUGGAAGAGUUGUUGAAGCAUGCAAAAUCCCUAGUUCUGAAGAGAUGUAAAGGCAUAAGUGAGAUAUCUGAGUUAAGUAUUCGAAGUAUGAUGGAAUUGAAGUCCCUCACAGUAAUGGGUUGUGAUGGGAUCACUAACCUUGUAAGAGGAGAGGAUGUAGUUGGUGAAUUAUCGAGUUUAGAGGAACUAAACCUCUACCAUAUGCAGAACUUAGAGGGAGUCUGGGAAGGAAUGGUUCCAGAUGGAGACAACCUCAGGAACAUCAAGAAGAUAAAAGUGCAUGAAUGUCCAAGGUUAAAAAGCUUGAUUUCUUAUGCUUUGCUUCAACAACUUGAGAAUCUCAGAGAAAUUGAGGUAACAUUUUGUUAUUCAAUGGAGGAAGUGAUAGCAGCAAAGGCGGUUAAUGAAUAUGCACUCCCAAGACUUCAGAGCAUAUCAUUGGUCAAUUUACCAAAAUUGAGAUCCAUUUGUUCAUGGGUGUUGGCUUGGCCUUCACUUAGGCAGAUUGAAGUCUGCGAAUGCCCAAGGCUCCAUAAGCUUCCACUGGGAAGCCAUAAUGCAAGGACCAUUUCUCAAAUCAAGGGAGACAGGCUUUGGUGGAAGGAACUACAGUGGGGUGAUGUGGACACUCAUAACACAUUCCAACCCCUGUUUGAAGAAUACACCCCCGACGAAGAGGAGGACAUCUGGACCUCAAGGUUCACUUAGAAUUUAAAUAGAUGAGAAAAUGAUACUUACGAAAAGCAGUUGCUAGCUAAAAUACUUUGACAGUGCCAGAAUACCUCAGUGAUUCAUGAGGAGAGGUUGAUGAGAAGCUUAACAGAAGGGGUGAGUGGAUUCUUUAUGCAGUGCACAUGGUAGCUGCAGCUGCACUUGUUUUCAUUGGGGGUUUGUUCACUCUCUCACUGGCAUUGCUGUGACCAUUCAAGCACUACAAUGUGGUGCUGAAGCGAAACAGAUAACAUAUUUGUUCUUUCACUUUAUGUAAGCUUUAAAGCCAACGUUCAAGAACUUGGCUCAAUUGGUUGAGUUAAUCCUUUCCUUCUCAUGUUUGUCUGACCUCUUCCACUCUAGGAAUGAUGGGGCUAGGCUUGGCUGAUCAGUACCCUGCCUAGCCCCCUGAGAAGGGUCAAUCAUGACAUUUUUUUUC